AUGAGUCAGGGACGUAACAAAAGAGGCCGUGCUCACAACUCCUCUAGAUUCAAACAAGGCAGUGGUCACUUUAAGUCGAAUCAUCACAAUAAUCAUCCCAAACGCCAGCGCCGUGAUGAGCAUUUUAAUCGACGUGGUGCGGACGAUCGCCAGCGAUUCAAGUCAGACCCUCAAUAUGGUGCUCACAAGGUUAAAAUAGAAGCGCAAACUUAUCAUCAUCAAGUUAAAGGAGAACUAAAGGCGGAACCAAAGUCUGAACAAGCCCUCGCGAAACCAAUUCCCGACAUUGACUUUCCAACCAAGGAAAAAAACGACAAAGCCUGCGUUUUCAUUUCCAAUUUAUCGGUUGGUGUGAGCAAAGAAGCCCUGGCAAGAUUCAUUCGGCACAGAUAUAUCGAAUUACGAAUCGAUGAGCCGGAAAUCGUUGCAAUCUCUAUUCGAGAAGAUAGGAAGGAUUGCUUUGUAGAAUUCAAAAACCAAUCCCAUGCACUCGAUGCAAAGAAUGCUCUAGAUGGCCGCAGCUUCGGAGAUUUCGGUACUAUAUUGCGGGUUUUCCCAACCGAAAAGAAAGCUUGGACUCAAUAUGUGACUGAUGCCUUCACAAAGGAGGAGGAAGAGAACAAAAGGAAACAGGAAGCGGAUCGAGUCAAAGCUGAAGAAAUCGCGCCAGAGGUUGAAGACGGCGAGGUGAAGCCAAAGGGCGAGCUCAGUAGUGUUCAACUAGAUUAUUUUCGGAACCUUCAAAAGGACAAGGAAAAGGUUAGAAAGUGUUUGUAUCUACACGCUUUACCACAGCGACUGAGUCCCAAAGAAUUGAAAAACUUUAUCAUCGAAGAGUGCGAAAAGCUAAUUCAUCUUACUCCUAAAAUCACUGCCUGUCAUGUACGGUCUCAAGAGAAUGAUGCUUGUGUAGAAUUGGAAGCUCACACAGAGGCUGUCAUGGAUGCCAUCAAGGAUCGAUUCAUAGAGGGGACGAGUUUCGGUGUGAUGCAAUGGAAGAAAGAGAGGUCCAAGAGAUUCAUUACAUAUUAUCAAGAAAAAGAGGAGCGAAAGAGGCAAAAGAAGGCACCAAAAGAUCUGCGAGAGCAUCAAAAUCAACAGGAUCUCGAUGCUCCCAAUGACACUGGUGCAGCAACUACCGACUCGUCGCGCUCCGGCUCUGGUAACAACAACAGCGCUAACGCUAGCGCAUUGGCAGAAGAAUUGAAACGCCAGAAGGAAGAAUGUAGACGGAUUCGAAAGGAAUUGAUAAAGGUAACAAAAGACCAUCAAGUACUAAAUUUCCAGUACCGCACAGUCUCGGAGGAAAAGGAACAGCUUGCAAAACAGUUGAAUGGAGCACAGGAGGAAGUAGACACUACCCAAUCGGAACUGACUGAAUUGAAAGAAAUUAACUCUGAAUUGAAAGGAACCAACACCAAACAAGAAGAUGAAAUCAGCGAUUUGAGAAAACAAUUGCACCAAAUGCAACAAGCGAAGAUGAACGCCGACGCCGAAGCUGCUGAAAUGAGAGAGAAACAAGAAAAGCAAAUUCAUACGAUCAAGAAUCUGGAAAAGGAUCUGUAUCAAACAAAGCAACUUUUGGCCAAAGCGCGCGAGGAAAAGGAUGAUGCCAUGGAAGCUUUACAAGGCCUCAGGGUGCAAGCACACAAUCAAGGCGUCCAAGUGAACCAAAACAUCAAGAAAGAGUGGAUCGAAUCUGAAAAGGAGAAAGGAGAGCUAAAACGACAGAACCGAAGAUUGCAGGUAUACAACGCUGCCCUCGAGAGUAUGAAAGAAGAAAAAGAUUCCGAGAUUGGUGAAGUGGUGAAGAAGGAACCAGUGAGAAAGAAACCAGUUAAAAAGGAGUGA